CUUUGCUCCCAGAUAAGAUUCUGAACUCUCUGGCGAAGAUAAUAUAUCCCUUUCUUUUUGUUUCUUUCUGACAUUAAGCAGCAACACCCAGACUUAGCUAGCUAAACAAAGCACCCUGCAGCUCCCUGUUAGGAAAAUGAAGCAAAAGGUAGUGAUCCAGAUCACCUUAAAUAAUGGCAAAAAGAAUGCUCGGUCCAAGGCCAUGCAGAUUGCAGUUGGUCUACAAGGUGUGGAAUCAGUCUCUCUACAAGGUGAGGACAGCAGUCAGAUUGUUGUUGUCGGAGACAACAUUGAUUCAGUCAUCUUGACAUCUUUGCUGAGGAAGAAAGUUGGAUUUGCUGAGUUAAGAAGUGUCUCGCCAGUCAGUACUGAGGGGGAGAAAGCAAAGCAAGAGACCAAUCUAAGCGAAUCUGGAAUACAAUCAAUGGUUUGGCCAACUUAUCCAGCUGGUGUAACAUAUUACUAUCAACCUAGUGCACCAUAUUAUGCAUAUGAAGUAGCGGGCUACAACCAGAACUCUUGCAAUAUUAUGUGACUAUAUGCAAGAAUUAUUUGAUGGCUAAAACUUAGGUAGAGUUUCUUAGGUGUUAUAACUUAUGUUCUACAUAUGGUUCCUGAGAUUGAAUUUGAUUUGAGAAUCAAAAGUAAGAGCACUUAAGUAUAGAAAAGUGUGGAUUGAAUAUUUAUGGUUCUCAUUCAAUGGAAAAGAGAAAAUUUUGUCUUAAAGCAUGAUAUGAAGUGAUAAUAAAAUUAUAAAGAAAGAGUGCGGUAUAAGAGACUAUUUUCAUGUAA